AUGCAAAAGAUUGAUAUUGAUGAGAUAGCAAGGAAGGCUAGUUUUUUUGUUAAGGAGCGUAGUGUUGCGCAUGGAAUGCAAAUGCCAAAGGAGUUCUCAAGGAUUUGCAGUGUAAAUGGGCAUCUUGCAAUAGUUUAUGGAACCACAUUGUUUAUAGAUGGCGUAAAGGUAGAGGAGGAUGUUGUGUACUUGAGCAAAGAUGGCGAGAAGGUUGUUGCCACCAAGAAGAAUGGAGUGAUUGUGUAUGACUUUUUGAAUAAAGAAGUGUUGAGGAUAAGCACAGUAGAUGAGUUGAGAAGAUGUGAAAUAUGGAACGAAUGGAUUGGGCUGCUAACUGAAGACGGAAUUCUUUAUGUGUACAAUAAUGGGAAGUUUUCGAGUGAGUAUGAUGAUGUCAGAGAUUUUGUCCUUCCUGAUGCAGUUGUUCGCUCUGAUAGGAGAUAUAUGGGACAUGAAGGAGUGCAGAGAGUAUUUAGAAGUCAUGAUGGGGAGAUAAUUGUUGUCUGUAUGGAUAAGCUUGUGUGUGGAAAAAGCGAAGUUGCUAAUGGAAUAUCUACAGGGGAUAUUGAAUACAAUAGAGAAUGGAACGAAUGCCAUUAUUACUAUUGUGAUUUCCACGGGGCAAAUAUUCUAUCAUCGAGUAAGUCAUCGAAAAUUUUACUUCUUGACAUGGAUUUGUGUGAACUUGAUAUGGAGGAGGAGAUCAGAUUUCUUGUGUUAAGAACAAACGAGAUGUUUGAUGUGAGGUAUCUUACAGGAAUUGACUAUUUAGCAGGACUGGUGUUCAUGAUUGAUGAGGAUGGAGUCUUGAGUAAGUUUGAAGUUGUGGGAAUUGAUUGUGAAAAGAUAAAUGAAUGUUCUGUAUCUAUAAAUGAAGAGCAUGUGAUGAACAAGCUUGUAGAAAGAAAAUAUAAUCUUUGUAAAGAAGAAGGAAUGCAAAAAACAGACACGAGUAAUGCAGUGAAUGAGAAAUCAAUUGAUAAAGAAGUUGAUAGUGCUUGUACAGGAGCUAAUUUAAAGAGCGACAGAAUGUUUUCAAUGAGUGAUAUGAUGAAUGCAGCAUGUGAAGAUAAAAAAAAGGUUCAAGAAUUUUCAAUGAGUGAUAUGAUGAGUGCAGCAUGUGAAGAUAAAGACAAUAUACAAGAACGUGUAGUUUGCAAAAGCGAUGUAUCAAUUGAAAUGGACAUGAAGGCGAAACCUGAACACAAUAAUAAACACCAGAUAAAUUCUACAGGGAAUCCAAAGAUAGAUAAUCUGGUUAAAAGCUUAUCUGCACAAGUUGACGCAGUUAUCGAAGAUUUUAGAAAUAUAUGCGUUGAUAAAAAGACAUUUAAGAUGUACAAGUACAAUGCAAACGACCUGUCACUAUUUACAGAGCAGGUUUACAAGAACAUUAUGAGACUGGAGGAGUACAAGUCUAUGCAGCAGCAGAUAUCGGAGAAACUUUCACAGAUGCAGGGCAGUCUUGAGACUUAUGAAGCCAUGGAUGAAGAAAACAUAAAAAGCGCGGUGAAAUACAUUGACAGUGUUAUAGACUCUAUGGAUAACAGAGAGGGAAAGAAGAUUGUCCAUUAUUCAAAACCACUGCUGCAUACAAUAAGUCAUGCAAAGACCGUGCGACUUGAGCUAGAUAUUAAUGCAAUUAAGAUCGGAAAAGGAUUGAGCGAUGUUGAACAUACAGAGUCAAAAAUGCAAGAUAUACACAAGAGAAUACCUGCCAAUCAACAGAUUGAUAAAGAACACAAUAAGAAACACACUGAUUCUCAGGAAACACCUGAGUUGGUUAACACCCCAAAAGAAUGUAUAAACACCAUGAAUGAUUCUAAAUCAGAUACACAAACCAAUAAUGAAGCUAAGUUGGAAGUUAAUUGUUCGAAUGAAAACCCGAAAGAAAGGGAAUAUGCUCAUGUAACUGUUGAUACAACCAAUUAUCAAUUAGAUAAUGUUACAACAACACAAGAGCUACCUGAAAUUCAGAAACCACUCGUGAAUAUGCCACAACAACAUACAAAUAUAUUUGGCCAGCCAGUAUCACAACAACAACAGACGGUGCAGUUUGGAAUGAUUGGAAAUGCAAUGCCAUCUAGUAUAUUUGAAUCAUUAGCAAGUAAUGUAACUUCAAUUCCAGUAUCAACGGUCAAAAACCAAGAAGAGCCCAGUCAAGAAACCCCAAAUGCAUUUUUGAGGUUUGCAAAUACCAGGAAUCUAUUCUAA